AUGGUCAUGAGUUUACGGUCCCCAUCUCGACCAUGGUUCUGGUUCGCAAAUAUUACGAAGCCCACGAUUAUAUGUCGACUUGUUCCUCGCAUCUCGCUCAGUCACGUUCUGCACCGCAAACAAAGACCCCAAAUUCAGCAGCAGCACACGCAGACACAUCCUCCUGUGUCUAGCCAAAACCGACCGACAAACAGAAAAGACACACGCCCCAGCACAGGUCCGACCUCAUACAAAGCCUCAUACCACCGGAACCCGCCACACUACGACACGAAACGAAACAGGGUGCACACAGCUACACUCGCGUCCUCACCUCCAUGGCGGCUACGUGGACCUUCUGCAGGCCCGACGGCUUCGCGUAUGCUGAGCUCGAUGGUGGACAGCGGUAACAAGGAUUUGGCAGAGCGGUUUCUCGGCUGCCGCGCUGGUGUGGCUCGGUCUGAUCGGCCUGCGCAGGUACCGGCUUCUUGCAAGAUGGAGGCGGGUGGCUCGCCGGGGAGGGUGCAGUAG